GGGGGCCGCGUCACCGCCCGCCACCCCCCUCCCCAGCGGCAAGCCCGGCCCGAGCCAUGCUGCUCCUGGCGGCCGCCUUCAUCGUGGCCGUCGUCCUUCUCCUCUACAUGGUGUCGCCGCUCAUCAGCCCCAAGCCCCUCAAGCUGCCCGGCGCGCACGUCGUGGUAACUGGAGGCUCCAGUGGAAUUGGAAAAUGUAUUGCUAUUGAAUGUUAUAAGCAAGGUGCUUUCAUAACACUGAUUGCAAGAGAUGAGAACAAGCUGUUACAGACAAAGAAGGAAAUAGAAAAGUACUCUGUUAAUGACAAGCAGGUUGUGCUAUGUAUUUCUGUUGAUGUAUCUAAAGACUAUGAACAGGUGGAGAAUGUUCUAAAACAGGCUCAGGAAAAGCUGGGGCCAGUUGACCUGCUUGUAAACUGUGCAGGAACAUCAGUUACAGGAAAAUUUGAGGAUAUUGAAGUGAAUUCUUUUGAAAGAUUAAUGGCAGUCAAUUAUCUGGGUAGUGUUUACCCGAGUCGUGCAGUGAUCUCUACCAUGAAAGAACGGCGGAUGGGAAGGAUUGUGUUUGUAUCAUCUCAGGCUGGGCAGUUGGGCCUUUUUGGUUAUACAGCCUAUUCUCCAACCAAGUUUGCUCUUCGAGGAUUGGCCGAAGCCCUGCAAAUGGAGGUCAAGCCUUAUAAUAUCUAUGUAACAGUGGCCUAUCCUCCAGAUACUGACACACCAGGCUUUGCAGAAGAAAGUAAAACAAAGCCCUUAGAGACAAAGCUCAUUUCUGAAACCUCAUCUGUUUGCCAAGCGGAACAAGUGGCCAGAGUUAUAGUCAAAGAUGCCAUACAAGGGAACUUUAACAGCUUUGUUGGAUCAGAUGGUUACAUGCUAUCAAUAUUGACAAGUGGAAUGUCACCAGUCACUUCUAUCACUGAAGGUCUUCAGCAGGUUGUUUGCAUGGGCAUUUUUCGCAUCAUUGGCCUCUUUUACCUAGGAAGCUUUGACAGCAUAGUUCGACGCUGCAUGAUGCAAAGAGAAAAAUCUGAAAACACAGAUAAGACUGAAUAAUCUUGAAUUGAAUUGAAAGAAGAAUGUCAAACAGUCCUGGACAGCUUGCUGCUCAAGUGGGACUCAGCUUCUCUGUUGAAGGAUGUAGACUGAAGGUACUUGGUUAUGUGAUAGAUGAGUCCUCUCAAAAGCAAUGAAAGAAAACAGAAGCUUAACUCCAGAAAAUGCCAAGCUAUGCAAAAGAGAGAUUGAGGAUUAGCUUUUUUUUUUUUUUUUUCCUUUGGUGAUUUGAGCUGGAGAGAAUUUGGGAACAUGUAAGUCAUCUGUAGGGUAGAACGUGAGAAUGGACCAUGUGUGGUAAUUCUGGACAAAUGCUUAAGUUUUCUCACUUUGGUGCUUAUGUGGAAAAAAAAUAACUAUACCAUGACAGACUGGGCUGAAGUAGAUUAAAGUCCCCUGAACAAGUCAGUACUCUUGCUAAUGUUUUGGGACUGUUUUUAAUUUGGAAUGUUAACUUUUCCUUUGAUGGCCAAUCUACAGAUAUUUCAGUCAAAGACAGCUUUCUUUAUUCUGUUCAGCACACACUUGUGGAAACCUCAAGAUGACAGAUGCAUUUUUUUUUUUGGUUAAUCUAAGGUUUCUCAGUCUGGGAGUAAUUAAAAAGUAUGACUUAAUGUAUGCAUACUUUCUAAAGGGAGAUGAAGAACCCAUUCCUACAGAGAAAUGCUAGGAGGUGUAACUGGCCCUUGAAGUAUGCUGUGAACAAAAAAAAAAAUCAAACCAUUUUCAAGAGUGAUUAUGUCUUUCAACAUUUUAAAUCAUUGGAAAAGUAUUUGUCAAAGUUGUACACUCUUCUUAUCUGCCAGUUUUUGCUCUGGAAGGGGAAGUAGCUUCAUGCUACUGUCAUGCACAUUAUUUUUCAAAGCCACAAAUGAUGAGCCACGCCAGUAGUUGAUGAUAGACUCGGACACUGGGCUCUUAAGGUAGCAGGAAUGUAGCUUUUGGGACAGGGGACAGGGAGGAGAAUCAGAAUGGUAUCUGUGCUUAAUUUGUUUGUUACACAGAAAAACUUCUAACACAACAAGAAAUUAUUUAAAUUCCCUCCUCUGUCCCUCUCCUCAUUUGCUUGAUUUACAUUAUAUAUGAAUCAAGACUGCUCCAUAACUGCUUCAGAAUACACAGAACACAAUGUUUUUUUUCUAAUAAAUUGCAAGUUUAACACUGGAAAAGCUUGAUGCAUAACAGUGAUGUUUUAAGGGUGCACUAUAUACACUGUUUAUUUAAUGGACCACUAUAGCAAGUGCCUUGUGAGCUUUUUUUCCCAAAAGCUGUGUAUUUUGUAUUUAUUAGCGCCAGUGUGUUGUAAAUGUCAGAUCUGCCGUUUUCAGUCAGUACUCUGAACCUAAAACUACUGUUAAGACUUGGCGUUUUCACUUCCUUGAAAGUAGUAUUUAAGAGCAAAGCAAGCAAAAUUGAUUGUUUUUAAGAUGUUCUGUAUACCUAUUUAAGAACAGGUAUUCAAUUAAGCUGAGAUGAGAAAGAAUAGGUGGUUAACAGGGGAAAGUCUUAGAAAUGUAACUUGGUUGUUCUCCCUCUGAUUUCAGUUGAUCACUUCAAAAACUUUUGUUCACGUAGGCUAAACUUGCUUUAAUGUCUGUUUUACAAAUGUAUUUGGAGGAGUCACACUGGUGCUCUCAUUCACAGUGGUUAGAAUUUCAUUGGAUUGCAAACGUUAAGGCAUUGCAGAAUACUUCCUAAAGCCUGUGUUUUAGGUCCUGCCUCUUGAUUUUCUUUAGAUAUGUAAAGUUGUGCAUGCCUAUAUUAUACAAUUAAUUUUGAGAGUACACUAUAUUCCUGCAUUUUUUAGUCAGCUGGGCAUCAGUGCAGAGAAAUCUAGUCUGCAUUUGUGUUUUCUGUGCUGCUUAAUGUGAAUGACACAUAGUGGAGCAUUUCUCAUACAUUGUCAAUAUUGCCAUGUUUCUUAAAGCAACAUAGCAAUGCUAUUUGGACCCAGUUAUCUACGUUAGUUGUUAUCCUGGUGCAAAAAUCAAACAUUCCUUUGAUCAUUUGCAAAAUGAUACCAAAGUGGGUGAAUUGGUUAUGCGGUAGUUUGGAAGACAUUUGCUUCUGCAAAUGACUUUAGAGCAACACAAGCUUUGAAGGUCAAGUCUUGAAACCAAUAAGACUUCAGAUACUUGAAUUUUAUAGGAUCUUCAACUUGGGAUAUUAAAAGGCUUGCAUUUAAGAAAUAAUUCAGAAGAUUAGAGUGCACGUACUCUGAUAACUGGGCCUCUUAAGAAUAUUUCGGGUUGGGCAUCUUAAAUCACCAGUCACUUUUCUGAAAAUCUUGACUGAAGAAUGCUCCAAAUAAUGACUGAUUGUAGUUCAGCAGGACUGUUUGUGAAGAGGAAUACUGGGUGAAAGUUAGGGCCCUGAGGUAAAGGUGCUUCAGUUCACACCUGUUUUUCCAUAUUGCAAGAAGUUGUAUUGGCUGUAAAAUUGUAGGUUGCAUCCCCUCAGCAAUUCUAGAAAUGUGAAGCAGGCAAACUUUGAAAAGAAACAAGAAUAAUCUUUCUGAAUGUUCCAGCUUCUGUUGUUGCACAUUCGUAUGGUUCAUUUUAACUGAUAAACUUUCCAGCUGUUUUACUGUCAAAAUGGAGUAUGUUGUCAAAUGCAGCAGCCUUUAAUGUAAACUUUUUCUUAUCUCCGUUCUAAAUCUACGAUCAUACUCAUUUUAAGGUCCAAUAUUAAGUGAAGGAGAUGCCUUGUAAUCUUGUGGAAUAAUGUUUGAGUAAAAAAUACAUAUAUAUAUAUAUAUAUAUAUUUUUUUUUUUUUUUGCUACUUUAAAUGUUACAGAACCUCUGCAUCGAAGCAUUUUAGCAGUGUAUUAAAUCCACGAGGAACUUCAAAUAGAUGCAACUACCAUUUUGUAAAGCUGUCAGUAAUUUAAUCACUUGUGCCAUAUCAGGCAGUGUCUUGUCUCUUGUUUUCCUGGUCAGUCUUUAAGAGUCACUUUGGACUUUGAUAGUCUUCUCUAUUCUGUGUAGUUUCUAAUGACCGUCUGCUUUAAACACAGAUUUAUUAUAACUUUACCAAGGUGUUCAUGUGCAAUUUAAAUGGAUUUAAUAUUUUACUAAGACAAAAGAUAUAGGUAAACUUUAUUUGCUGUGAAAAACUUGAGGCACUUUUAAGUGGUAAAAAUACAUAGUACCAUUUGUUUAAAAAAAAAAAAAUAAAAAUUGUGCUUAUUGCUUCAUCUAUUUUGUGCCAGAACUGUAAACUAGUUUUCAGAUUUUAUAUUUCUCAAAAUAAACGGAGGAUCAACAAAACGUGUAGCUCUGAAGUUCUUUGAAGGGAUGAAGAGCAGUAGGUGCCUUCAUUUGCAAGGCUUGGCGGUUUUCUUUUUUUAAUCUGGGAUUAAUUCAGCAGGAUCCUGUUAAUUUGGUAGAAGAGCGGGGGGGCAAUACAUCUCCCCUUUGCUUUGGCAGCCCAGGCAGAGGAGUGCAGCAAAUGGGGGAAGAUGUACGGCGCUCCAUUCAGUAGUGUGUCAUCAAACAUAGGUAUGACACUAAAUUGAUAUUGGAAAGUGGCAUUAAAUUGAUAAGAUCUGCUUUUAUUGUAGGAUUGCUUCCAGAACUUAACUAGUACUUGUGCUUUCUGGAAGCGACCGUGAAUUCUGAUGAGCCAAGCGGUGCUCGUUCUUUCUAGUGGGAAAGAACAGGAAUGAACAAGGUUAGGGUGGCUGUCUUUCUGAGACACAGUUGAACAUGAUCCUGUAUAUAAAAUUAUUGUACUAUCUUUCAGCUUGAGAGAAAGGCUAACUCCAAGAUAAUACUAGUCAUGGGGAAAUACCCUGAAGAUGGCUACUGUCAAAUCCAGGAUCACAGAAAUUCAGUCUUUCAGAAAGCCAUUCUUGCUGAUUUAUCCUCCAAAAUCAAUAAUGGGUAAAGGGAGGUAUGCUAUGUAAAAUGUUUUAAAGCUGAGGGGGCCUAAGGAGCUGAGGGUGUUCGUUAGGUAAUGAGAAGUUUUGUAACAGGAGGCAGCCAUAUUGCAUUGGGAGCUGCUGAUGUUUUUCCUUUUCAGUAGAAUUAGCAGGCAAAGUAGAUUGCUCUUCAUUCCUGUAGGCGUUUUUUGAAACAAAAAUACAUAGCAUUUUUUAAAAAUUAAAUAAAACAGCAAUCAAAAACUGAUUUCAGCUAAGAGGCUAAACUACCUGGGUAGGGUUGUUUUUUGGUUUGCUUUUACACAGGGAUAGUACCAGGCACACUCAAGUAGGUGGGUGUCCUUCCAGAGCUGACAGCAAAACCUUCAGUCGCUUGCUUUCCUCUGUCACUUGGGGGAGACUCUCAUGAGACCAGAACCUUUUAAAUGAGGUGUCUCCUUUGGAGCCACACCUCCCAUCCUCUUUUAUUUCCUUGCUUUUCAACCCCAAUGCCCUAAAGUGGUGAAAGAAGACUUUGGUCAUCUGCAUGUUGUGGGCUGGGAGGAGGUGAAAUAAUGCUAUUUGCUUCUUGAACAGAAGCUUGCACAGAAAUAAAGUGGUGGUGUUUUUUUAAUCCAAAUAUUGCUUGUCAGAGUUGAAAGGGAAAAAGAAGAGCAAAAGCUAGCUUGGGAAGUCUUGUUUUUGGUGGAAUCCUGAAUGAGGAUUAUAGCAUCAAACCUGCUUCAUGGUGCAGUGCCACCAAGGCAGUCUGAGAUUUUAUUUUUCAAAGCUGAAAACAAGAUUGUUUUCAGCUGAGGGGGAAAUCCCCAAGUUAAUUUUAAACCUUUUGAGUUAGUUCUAUCUAGGAGCGCAUUCUGUGCUGCUAGAGAAAUAUAAAUAAAUGCAAGGGGGUAAAACAAAAUGCCUAAUACUAUCAUGCUACCAAGCACUGAGAAGCAAUUUCUUUGACCAAAAGUAAGGAGUUAAAUCUGUAAAGAUAACAGCUGUAAACAGUGUUUAACAACAAGUCUCAAAAGAAAUGGAAAUGCUUUAGGCAGCUUGCAGUUUACUUGUUAGGGAAAUAUGCUUUUUAAAGCUGAUUCGAAGAAAGUAACGAAAAUGAGGUGAGUUGGUCUUUUUUUUUUUUUUCUUUUCCAAGAUAUUUCAUCAAAUAAUCAAUUCUUUGUUUGUUUGUUUAAGCUUUGAGAAAAUUGUAAAAGUAAUUAAAAAGUUAAUGAGAUGAAA